GUUAGGGAGCAGAGUGGAAAUCUGACUCUUGCCCGGCGCGCCUGAGAUUAGAACCGCUUCCUACUUGUUGAUUAUGUACGGUUCAGGUGAGUGUGUACCGUAGGAGAGACUAGUCUUCGUUCUGGCUUUCAGUCAACGGCACGUUUUCGUCAGCGGUUAGUCAGUGAGUGGAAAAAUACAAAACGCACACCGGACGAAAUGCAUUUAGAUAUUAAAUAUUGGCUGAAUUCGUUAAAUCUGCUGCAGUACCAGCAUCUUUUCGAAGGCUUCCAUGGCGUACAGGACAUCCUCCAUCUGGACGAAUCGGCCAUCAUGAAUCAGAUUGGAAUCAAGAACAGCGCUCACCGGGCCAAAAUCGUCUCCAGCCUUGUGUUGCUCAGAGCAAAACAUAAUCUUCGACUCCGAAAACAAGAGAACCAACCCAGAAUUUCGCCGGCUUUUUCUACUUCCUCCGUCGAUGACGCCAGCAUGGUUAAAUUCAGGUCGCGUUCGGAAUUCGCGCAGUCGGCGCACAACAGGAGUCUGCUUCAGCAGCACAGUGCCAGUGUUCUCAACAUCUCACAAAUGCAAGAUUACGACAACAUUUCCAGCGCAGAAGUGUCGGAAGCUGAGAGCCUUCGCCGCCAGUUGGAAUGGGAACUCGGACUGGACGGGCGAUGUCUCGAAUCUCACGCUUGGUACCACGGGUCGAUUCCCCGGAGCCACGCGGAAAGUUUGCUGAAAAACGAUGGCGAAUUCCUCAUUCGAGAUUCUUCGACAGGUCAGCCGGGCGACCUUGUCCUCUCCACCUAUUUUGGAGGGCAUCUACACUUUAUGAUUAACAAGGUGAUCAUCCAAGCCAACACGGUCUACCAGUCGACUCAAUACAAAUUGGAAGAGGAGCCGUUCGAAACGAUUUCAGAUUUGGUGACGUGCUACGUCGGUAGUGGCAAGGCCGUGACGGCCGCCACCGGCGCCAAAAUUACAACGCCCAUCAAUCGAACGAAACCACUUUCGUUGUACUCGAGUCGCUACAGCGUUGACUCGCGAUCCUGUCAUCCAUCAUCGGCCAGCAGCGCGAGCCAAUACGGUGGCUCGACUAACCUGUACUCCGGCAGGAAUCCUCUAACACCUGCGGUGACGGGUCGAGUGCGGAUGGUUCACCCGACAGCGCGCGAGUACUCGACGCAAUCGCUGCCCCGAUCUACACAAUCUGCCUCCAAUCGAGUGAUGAUGAGGCGGGGACCCAGUGAUCCUUCACUGUCCAUCCAGCCAGGGGCGUCACCUGCAUGUCCUCCCAAACCCAGCCGGGUCCCGUCGCAGAUCUUCCCGCCAGACGUCGACAUUCCAUCGGGCGACUUGGCUGCUGCUGUUGCUCCUCCUCAGCCUCUCAACCGGAUUUCGGAGAGUGCCGGCCAAGAUGUUGAAGAUGAGAACAACAGUGAAGAAGUUGAUGUCUUGCCCCAAUUGCCCCAGCUUCCGGCUACUUUGCCACGUAGGAGAGCGGCAGCUGGGAAUUUGGCAAAGCGGCCAGUAUCCAUGACUCGAAACUCCUUCCUGGAUCGGCGGAGCUGUGAUUUCGACGCCGAAGCCGCAUUCAAUCAACCGCACCAGUUGAUUAGCGAUUCGAGCGAUCAAUCAAACGUCAAUGAUGAACAUCCAUCACCACUCGGUCGUGAAUUUCCUACAUUAUUCGACGUUGGCAACUUUCGGACUCUCUUGUUGCCGAAUUCCGAGAACAAGCCGCUGGACGUGACUUCUCUGGAGGGAUUGUCAACCGUAUUAGAAUCGCAUUCAUCCAAGUCGAUAGCCCUUCAUCUAUUACACGCCGAUCUGGAUGUCCUGGGAGGUUUACCCGAACCGGCUUUGGAUCACACUCUGUUUCACUAUCAGAGUCACUACAGCGAUCGUGGGAUCACAUCUGGUAUCGAACUCUGCGCCUUACCCAAUGGCGAUCAGCUACGCCUGGAUCUUCUGGAACGAACACACUGUCUGAGGUUAUUUGUGGCAGUAACAAUUCUCACUUGCCCAACAAUUGAAGACCGCACGGCGAUGCUUAAUCUGUGGAUUGAAGUCGCCAUCGAGAGCAAAACGGCACUGGGCAACAUGUACGGAUUCGCCGGUUUGAUGUUCGGUCUCUGUAUGCCUCAGAUUCAACGAUUGACAGCGACGUGGAAUGCCCUGCGACAGCUGCACACAUCGACGGCUUACACUUUUGAAACCCGUCUGAGGCCCAGUCACCGAGCAGAAGUCGUGCCACACGCUCCCAAUACCACCAUUCCCGAUUUGCAUUCCGCCAUCCUCCUGUGGACAGUCACCAUGGACUCUCUGAUGAACGACGACGAAGUGGCGCUGCCCCUACUCAAUUUCCACCUGUCGUCGACGGGUCCCGAUUUCGGGUUGGAUUUGUUGGCCAGCCACAUGGAAUUGAUACGAUCUUGGUCGCUCAAUCUGCCACUCUACUUGCGCAACAGCAGAAAGGCUUUGGAACAAGUCUCCACCAUCGACGAAUUUUUGACAGAUGUGUUCCGCACCGAGUUCCACCUCAAAUUCUUGUGGGGUAGUCGCGGUGUGUCGGCCGAAAGAGAGCAACGCUACGUCAAAUUUGAGCAAGUGCUCUCUGUCCUGUCGGAAAGCCGCGAACCCAGUUGAUCAUCCGCUCGUGUCCAACUCGUUCGGAAAUGAUUUCGCUAUUUUUGUUCCCACCUCUGUAUACUAUUCCUCUGCGUUGUAGUACUACUAAUUUUUUUUUUCUUUGAAGGAAAGUUAUCCGUCUGAUCUCAAAAACCAUAAUAAGGCGCCAAAUCGCCAUGAUUUUUCGAAUUGGUUUAGAUAUUUUAUGACCAAUUUGUGUUGAUAAUAGUAUACACAUUAUAUAGUUUUUGUCAUUAACUCGUGAAAAGGUGCUACGUUUUGGGUGGUCGAGAAAAUACAUGUUUCUAUUUAUA